AUGCAAGCCCACCAGGUGGCAAAGAUUGGAGUGUCCCUGGAAAGUGACAGAACCGGCUUGGCCGGCCCUAUGAACUGCAAAGCCAACAGGGGCUCUAGGACGAGGUUCAGAGAGGGCUCCUCCUGGAUUCACCCCCCCUCCCCCGCGCCGCGUCGGCGAGCUGACGUCAGGCGCAGCCGGGGCGUUCCCGUCAGGCUCGCCCAGCGGAGCCUGAAGGUCGGGGGCUGCCUGGGCUCUGCUGGUACCGCGGAACUGGAACUGCAAGCAUCGAUCGCGUCGCCGGCCUCAGUCCACGCCUGGUCUUCAAACCCAGAGCCUCAUUUCCCCUGGCACAGAGCGGCUCAGUCUCGGCCCCGCCCCCUGGGCGCUGGCGGUGGUUUCCUAGGGAACGACGCUGCGCGCCGACGGCGAUUGGACCGGGUCGCGCGUGCGUGCGACGAUGAGGUGAUGCUGCAGGCGAUGCUCCGGCAGCUGUUCCAGAGUGUGAAGGAGAAAAUCACCGGCGCUCCCUCCUUGGAGUGCGCAGAGGAGAUCCUCUUGCGGCUGGAGGAAACUGACGAAAAUUUCCACAACUAUGAAUUUGUAAAAUACCUUAGACAGCACAUAUGUAACACGUUGGGGUCUAUGAUCGAAGAAGAAAUGGAAAAAUGUACAUCUGAUCAUAACCAGGGUGAGGAAUCCGGUUAUGACACUGUUGUACAGCACGUCACCAAGAGAACGCAGGAGUCUAAGGAGUACAAGGAAAUGAUGCAUUCCCUGAAGAAUAUCAUGAUGGUGGUGGUAGAGACCAUGAUCAACAAGUUUGAGGAAGAUGAGACCCGGAGUCAGGACAGGCAGCAGCGACUGCAGAAGGAGGAGCGUGGCAGCUGCUGCACGGACCAUUGUUCUGACAGUGACUCCUCCUUCAAUCAGAGUUACAAAUUCUGCCAAGGAAAACUACAGCUGAUUUUAGAUCAGUUGGAUUUUGGGCAACCGAAAGAGGUGAGAUACGAAGCUUUACAGACGCUGUGCUCAGCCCCUCCAUCCGAUGUCCUGAACUGUGAAAACUGGACCACUCUCUGUGAAAAACUCACCACGUCUCUGUCCGAUCCAGAUCCUGCGUUCACUGACCGGAUUUUAAAGUUCUAUGCACAGACUUUUACACUCUCACCGUUACACAUGACCAAGGAAAUUUAUACAAGCUUAGCUAAAUAUCUGGAGUUAUACUUUCUUUCUAGAGAAAAUCACAUUCCUACUCUUUCAAGUGGAGUAGACAUCAGCAGUCCCAAUGUGACCCGCUUACUGAAAAAGGUUCGCCUUUUGAAUGAGUAUCAGAAAGAAGCUCCAUCCUUUUGGAUUCGACACCCAGAGAAGUAUAUGGAGGAAAUUGUGGAGAGCACUUUGUCCCUGUUAUCGGUAAAACAUGAUCAAAGCCAUCUUGUCUCACAGAAGAUUUUGGAUCCCAUCUAUUUUCUUGCAUUAGUUGAUACUAAAGCUGUGUGGUUCAAAAAAUGGAUGCAUGCGUAUUACAGCAGAACUGUAGUACUAAGACUACUUGAAAAGAAAUAUAAAUCUCUGAUAACUACAGCAGUUCAGCAGUGUGUUCAGUACUUGGAAUUGUGUGAGACUAUGAGAACUGAUGACAUUUGGGGACAUUCAAAGCAUUGUGGAGACAAGCAAAAAAGUUUCUUCUACUCAGGACAAGAGCUGCAGUAUAUUUAUUUCAUUCACUCGUUGUGCCUUUUAGGAAGAUUGUUGAUAUAUACACAAGGCAGAAAACUAUUUCCCAUAAAGCUGAAGAAUAGAAAAGAUUCAGUAUCUCUCAAAAAUCUGCUGGUUUUGUUUACUCAACUCAUCUAUUAUUCACCAAGUUGUCCAAAGAUGACAUCAGUUGCUUAUUCAGAGAACUACUCUCCGGCAAGUAUGGUGACUGAUGUCCUGCAGAUCCUCUGCGACCAGAAAGAAUGUGCCGUGGAGUGCUUGUACAACAGCACUGUGACAGAGACACUUCUCCAGCCCAUUCAUAACCUGAUGAAAGGAACCGCGGCCGCUCCAGAUUGCUCUGAAACAGCUUUAAUUCACAUAGCGGAUAUUUUGGCAAGAAUUGCUUCUGUAGAAGAAGGACUUACGUUGCUUCUUUAUGGAGAAAACAUGAACUCUUCUGAAGAAGAAAGUCCUACAGGUGCUCAUAUAAUAGCCAUGUUUUCAAAGAAACUUCUUGAUGAAGAUCUUUCUAUUUUCUCUGGAUCAGAAAUGUUGCCUGUAGUUAAAGGAGCUUUUAUUUCUGUGUGUCGUCAAAUAUAUGCCACAUGUGAAGGCUUACAGGUGCUGCUUCCUUAUGGUUUACAUGAAUCUAUAGCAAAGGCGUGGAGGCAGACAAGCUUGCUAUCAGAAAGGAUCCCCACUCCAGUAGAGGGCUCAGACUCAGUUUCCUCAGUGAGCCAGGAAUCUCCCAACAUUGUGGCUUGGGAAGACAAUUUGCUAGAUGAUUUACUGAACUUUGCUGCCACUCCCAAAGGAUUGCUUCUUCUUCAGAGAACAGGUGCCAUCAAUGAAUGUGUGACGUUUAUGUUCAACCAGUACGCGAAAAAACUGCAGAUAAACAGGCAGAAGAAGUUCGGCUAUGAAGUUUUGGUUGUCCAGGUGGCAUCCACAGCAGCAGGGGCAGUAGCUCUACAAAAUUCAGGCUUCAUUAGUGCGCUUAUAACUGAGUUGUGGUCCAAUCUUGAAUGUGGAAGAGACGAUGUAAGGGUGACCCAUCCCAGAGCUACUCCAGUGGAUCCUAUUGACCGAAGUUGUCAAAAGUCCUUCCUAGCGCUGGUGAAUCUGCUGUCCUACCCUGCUGUGUAUGAGCUAACAGGCAAUCAAGAACUUCCCAAUAAGGCAGAAUAUUCUCUUCGUGAAGUUCCAACAUGUAUUAUUGAUAUAAUUGAUAGGCUUAUCAUUUUGAACUCUGAAGCUAAGAUUCGCUCGUUACUGAAUUAUGAACAAUCACACAUCUUUGGUCUAAGGUUAUUAAGUGUGGUGUGCUGUGAUCUGGAUGCUCUUCUCUUACUGGAGGCUCAGUAUCAAGUAUCCAACAUGUUACUACAUGCUCAGGAAGAAAAUACCUUUGAGACCUUGGAGAACCACAGGGACUUUAUAAUUGAUGGUUUGUCAGUCGAGAGAAAUCAUGUUCUUGUAAGGAUUAAUCUCAUUGGUGGACCCUUGGAGCGGAUUCUACCUCCAAGGAUGCUUGAGAAGGGGGAUGACCCAUAUCCUUGGCCAAUGUUCUCAUCGUAUCCAUUGCCACACUGCUAUUUGUCAGCAGUUCCUCCAAGUGCUGAUAUGAGGCAAGACAAUGAUAUCGUAAAACUGUUAUCCUGCUUCAAAAUAUCUGAUAAACAAACUGAGUGGAUAGAAAACUGCCGAAGACAGUUCUGUAAAACAAUGAGGUCCAAGCCGGAUGCAGUCAGUGGAGGUGCUUUAGGAGAACUACUUGAAAAUUUUGUUCUUCAUCUCACCGAAAACCCUUCUGAAUGCUACUUCCCUUCAGUGGAGUAUACAGCUACUGAUGCAGAUGUGAGGAAUGAAAGUCUCUCUUCUGUGCAGCAGCUUGGCAUUGAAGCGGCUGUCAGAUAUGGCAAGUUUCUCAACUUGUUAAAAGAUGGUGCAGAAAAUGAUCUUGCCUUGGUCUUAAAGCACUGUGAUAGAUUCCUGAAACAACAGCAGUCACCAGUAACUUCUUCUCUUCUGCGCCUGCAAGGGCGCUACACAGGCCAUGACUGGUUUGUGUCUUCACUGUUCAUCAUAAUGCUGGGGGAUAAAGAGAAGACAUUCCAGUUUCUUCAGCAUUUCUCCAGGCUUCUGACCUCUGCUUUCCUUUGGGUGCCAAGGCUGCAUAUUUCUAGGUACCUUCCCGUUGACACCAUCGAAACUGGCAUCCAUCCCAUAUAUUUUUGCAGCACUCACUACAUUGAAAUGCUACUGAAGGCUGAGGUGCCACUUGUGUUUUCAGCUUUCCACAUGUCUGGCUUUGCUCCAUCACAGAUUUGCCUGCAGUGGAUAACUCAGUGUUUUUGGAAUUACUUAGAUUGGAUUGAAAUAUGCCAUUAUAUUGCUACUUGUGUUGUUCUUGGUCCUGAUUAUCAAGUGUAUGUCUGCAUCGCUGUUCUCAAGCAUCUGCAGCGAGACAUUCUUCAACAUACCCAGACUCAAGAUCUACAAGUCUUUCUCAAAGAAGAAGCACUCCGUGGGUUUCGAGUGAGCAACUACUUUGAAUACAUGGAGACUCUGGAGCAAAACUACCGACCAGUGCUGCUGAGAGACAUGCGCAGCCUGAGGGUGCAGAGCACAUAGAUGAGGAGCGCGGCCCCAACUUUAUGUUAUAUUCAUUUUUAAAGGGGACAAGGCAGCGUGAUUGCGUCCUGUCUACAUUGGCAGCAUGUGCUUUGUGUGUCCAGGCAUUGUCAGUCAGUGUCGAGGUUUGGAACACAAUAUAUUCAUGUUGCUCUUGGCUCCGUUUGUGAAAUGAAGUGAGUUCAUUUUUGCAAGGUUUUUGUUCUUUAAAUUUGUAGUAGCAGUCCUAGCUUUUAGUUUGUGUUUGACUUCAAAAAAGAUCAAAGACCUUAAUGUAAAACCUAAAAAUCCAAAACGGCUAGAGGAAAACAGGGAAAACACUUGACUUGAAAUAGGCAGUGACUCCUGAAUAAGAUCCCAGGAACUCAGGGAAUGAAAGCAAGCAGAGACAAUUGUACUACAUACUUGUAAAGUAUAAGAAAAGAAAGGCAGGGUACAAAUUGGGGAAAAGAGUUGUCAUGACUCACCCGAGAAGGGCGAAUAUCUAUCUAGAAUAUAUGCCGAACUAGAUAAACUACAAAAUAGUAAAAGAACAAAAAGACUCCAGUCAGCAACUGGGCAGGGAACUGAGCAGACGCUUCAGAUGGUGAAGCACCCAUUAAAAACGGGUACAUGAAGAAAGGCUCACCACCUAUAUAUCCAUAAGGAAAAUGCCCAUUGAAACAACAUUACCUCACUAAAAUGGCUAUCAUCAAGAAAAGGAAUGCCAGUCAUUAUAAAUUGUUAGUGGUAAUUUAUAAUGUAGACUGAUCUAGAUGGAAAUUAGUAUGGAGGUUUCUCAAAAAAAAGUUCACCUAAGUUGACCUAGCCACACAAUAUAUGUGAUAAAAUAAAUAAAUGUAUGUCAGAUUAUCAUGGAGAUCCCUGCACAUCUCUAUUCACAAUAGCCACGUUUGGAAUCAGUCGAGGUAGAUAGUGCAGGUACACAAUAUAGUUUUACUCAGUCAUAGAGAAGACCGAAAUGAAGCAUUUGUAGGAAACUAGAAUUGGAGACCAUGUUAGCUGAUAAAAGCCAGUCCCCUAAAGGAAAACAUCACAUGCUCUGUCUCCUGUGUGGAAGCUGCGGGGUGGGGCAUGAAACUAAGAGGAUGAGCAGUAUAAAAGGCCUGGGGAUUAUAAGAAAGUAGUGGAGGGGUGAGCAGCCCCUGACAUGGCUCCGUGAUUAAUGGGCAUAGAAUGAAAUGUCCCAACCUACAUCAUCUCUACUGUGUAGUAAUAGUUUUUCUGGUGAUCUUGGGA